AUGUCAUGGUGGCAAGGUUUCUUGAUCUUCUUGAUGCUGAGUUUGUGUGUGUCAUCGGAAGACAGCAUGCAAUACGAUUACUUGAAGGUUCCGGCAAGUGAGUUUGUGAGCUCCAUAAACACAAUAGUGGAAGUCAUAAGACAAGUAAGUUCGAUUUUGUCUCCGUUUGCGGAAUUCAGUGGAGAUCGUCGCCUGCAGAAUGCGGUUUCGGAUUGCAUGGAUCUGCUCGAUUUUUCUUCAGAGGAGCUGAGUUGGUCUGCUUCCGCUUCUGAGAAUCCACAUGGUGCGUAG